UGGCAACACGAGGAACAGAAAUGACCAACCAUAUAAAAAUUUAAGAAAAAAAAAUAUAUCUUUUCGAAGAAGUUCAACAUGGCAGGAGAUCAGGCGCAAUUUUAUCAAUUAUUAAAUACCAUAUUAUCCCCGGAAAAUGACAUCAGAUCCCAAGCAGAAGAAGCAUACAAUAAUAUUCCAACUGAGACAAAAGUGGUCCAUUUGGUGGGGGCUAUCCAAAAUGCAGAUCUCGGUGAGGACAUCAGACAAACAGCGGCAGUAUUCCUGCGGCGACUUUUUAGCACAGAUUUCUUUGAGUUUUUCCCGAAAUUACCGUUUGAACAGCAGUCAAUGCUUAGAGAACAGCUGCUCCUCACCCUACAAAUGGAAGUUACUCAACAACUGCGACGCAAGAUUUGUGAUGUAGUAUCUGAGCUCGCGAGAAAUCAUAUUGACGAUGAUGGCGUCAACCAAUGGCCAGAAUUUCUUCAAUUUAUGUUUAACUGUGCUAACUCUCAAGAUCCCAAUAUUAAAGAGGCUGGCAUUCGGAUGUUCACGUCAGUACCAGGAGUUUUUGGAAAUCUACAAAAUGAAAACUUGGAUCUUAUAAAGAGAAUGCUCCUGUCUUCCCUGGAGCCCACAGAAGCUGAAGCGCUCCGCAUUCAGGCUGUUAAGGCAGUGGGAGCAUUUAUAUUACUACAUGAAAAAGAACCUGCUAUUCAAAAACAUUUCAGUGAUUUACUUCUACCUUUAAUGCAGGCAAUAGCCCGAACAAUUGAACAGGGAGAAGAUGAUUCUGCAUUGAAAGUACUCAUCGAACUUGCAGAGUCUGCUCCAAAAUUCUUACGAACACAGCUGGAGACCAUCUUCCAAAUCUGUAUUAAGGUAGUAGGCGAUACUAAUGCUGACGAUAAUUGGCGACAACUGACAUUGGAGGCUAUGGUGACGCUAUGCGAGACCGCGCCGGCGAUGGUUCGCAAGCAGGUACCCGACGGGAUUCGUAUGCUGACACCCCUCGUUCUUGAAAUGAUGUGCGAAUUAGAGGACGAAGACGAUUGGGCACUGCAAGAUGACGUCGCCGAUGAUGACAACGAGGAUAACUAUGUAGCUGCAGAAUCUGCCCUUGAUCGCAUGUGUUGUGGGCUCAGUGGCAAGAUAAUGCUGAAUUUGAUUGUGGGUCAGGUACCUACUAUGUUGAGUUCUGAAGACUGGAGGAGACGGCACGCAGCGCUUAUGGCAGUCUCUUCUGCUGGCGAGGGUUGCCACAAGCAGAUGGAACAAUUAUUGGACCAAGUUGUUUCUGCUGUACUCAAUUAUCUUACUGACCCUCAUCCACGUGUACGUUAUGCAGCUUGCAAUGCUAUUGGGCAAAUGUCAACUGAUUUUGCACCUGUAUUUGAAAAGAAAUUUCAUGACAAAGUGGUGCCUGGGCUAUUAUUGGUACUUGAUGACAACGCAAAUCCGCGUGUGCAGGCACAUGCGGCCGCUGCUUUGGUAAACUUCAGUGAAGACUGUCCAAAACCUAUAUUGACACAGUAUUUGGAUGCCCUAAUGAAUAAACUUGAGGAAAUUCUAACUGCUAAAUUUAAAGAGCUGGUUGAACGUGGCACUAAACUGGUGCUAGAACAAAUAGUGACAACAAUAGCAUCAGUCGCUGAUACAGUUGAGAAAGAUUUCAUUCAGUACUAUGACAGACUGAUGCCUUGUCUUAAGUACAUUAUAGCUAAUGCAACAACACAAGAACUGAAAAUGCUACGUGGCAAAACUAUCGAAUGUGUCAGUCUUAUUGGCCUUGCUGUUGGUGAAGAGAAGUUUAUGCCAGAUGCAUCUGAAGUUAUGGACUUACUACUAAAAACGCACACAGAGGGCGACCAGCUACCUGCUGAUGAUCCACAGACAUCAUAUCUCAUCUCUGCAUGGUCACGCAUUUGUAGAAUCAUGGGCAAAAAAUUCGCUCAAUAUUUACCAAUGGUCAUGGAGCCAGUGAUGCGUACAGCUGCGAUGAAGCCCGAGGUGGCGUUGCUGGACAAUGAGGACCUCGAGACUAUUGAAGGAGAUGUCGAUUGGCAUUUCGUCACUCUCGGCGAACAACAGAAUUUCGGCAUUAAAACUGCUGGUUUGGAGGACAAAGCAUCAGCAUGUGACAUGUUGGUUUGUUAUGCCCGAGAAUUGAAAGAAGCUUUCGCUGAGUAUGCUGAGGAUGUUGUUAAACUUAUGGUACCAAUGCUAAAAUUCUACUUCCACGACAACGUGCGGACAGCGGCGGCAGAGUCGUUACCCUAUUUACUCGAAUGUGCGCGUAUUCGUGGGCCACAAUAUAUUCAGGGCAUGUGGGCCUAUAUACUGCCCGAGUUGCUUAAAGCAAUUGAUUCUGAGCCUGAACUAGAAGUGCAAGUUGAAUUAUUGAAUAGCCUUGCCCAGUGCAUUGAACUGCUAGGCACUGGAUGUCUGUCAGAUGAAUCUAUGGCAGAAGUGCUACGUAUACUCAACAAACUGCUUACAGAACAUUUCGAACGCGCCACUGAACGCAGACAAAAACGUUCCGACGAGGAUUAUGAUGAGGUUGUAGAAGAGCAGCUAGCUGACGAAGACAACGAGGACGUGUAUGGUCUGUCCCGCGUGGCGGAUGUCCUUCAUGCACUAAUGUCGGCUUAUCGUGAACACUUCUUCCCACACCUCGACAGUUUACUCCCUCAUCUUGUUCAGUUGCUGGCGCCUGGACGCCCAUAUGCAGAUCGCCAAUGGGCGUUAUGCAUUUUCGAUGAUGUUAUUGAAUUUGGAGGUCCUGCCUGCAUAAAAUACCAGAGCAUAUUCCUGGAGCCAAUGCUGGAGGGUUUGCGGUCGCGCGAGGCAGAAGUGCGACAGGCGGCGGCAUAUGGGUGCGGUGUGCUCGCACAAUUCGGCGGCGUGCAGUUCGCGGCCGCGUGCGCUCGUGCCGUGCCGCUGUUGGCUGCGCUUAUAGCCGAGCCAGAUGCCCGCUCCGUAGAGAACCUCAACGCUACAGAGAACGCCAUCUCGGCUGUCACCAAAAUUAUUAAAUACAACCAUUCUCAGAUCAACAGGGACGAGACAAUCAGGCAUUGGCUGACAUGGCUUCCCGUAACGGAGGACACUGAAGAGGCGCCGCAUGUGUAUGGACUGUUGUGCGAACUAGUGGCGAAUGGACAUGAAACGCUGGCGACGCCAGACGCGCCGCAACGCGUUAUUGCAACGCUCGCGGAAGCCUUCCUACGUGACGCUGUUCCGUCUGAUAAUCCGGUUUAUGCACAAAUGGUCGCACUCGUCAGGCAAAUACAGAGCAAUGCGGAAUUAUUCAACUCGUGCCUAAUGCAGCUAAGCGGCGAACACAAAGAGGCGCUGGAGAUAGCACUGUCCACCUAGGACCGAGCACACAUGCACUCCCCCGUUGCCAGUCACACUAACUUUACUGGGCCUCCGUCACUCCACUCUCGCAUCGACCUCCUGUAGUUUGCUACUUUUCUCUCAUGUUUAUCUCGUACAAUAUUAUAAUGAAGUUUAAUAAUUUAUAUAUGUUGUUUAUUAAUAUUUUGUAUGGUCCAUAAUAUGACUGAUAUCAGUAAAAUUGUAAUUAACUGAAACUAUAGACCAUUUCUUUUCUGAGAACUGUGUUUCUUCGAUCUCGUUCACUAUUAAACUUGUUGGGCUUAUAAAAAUUUACUGUGAUAUAUUUUUAUUAUAUUUUUAAUAAUCGUCCCAUGCUUCAGUUUUAUUAUUCCGCAGCAAUUUCAGACCAUGCCAGAUUUUAAAAUAUUUUUAUUUUUAUAAUAAAUCGAUAAUGGUCCAAUUUUUUUAAAUAAAUAUUGUUAUGUCAAUCAUGUUCACAAACAUCACGCGUCAUCACAUCCAUCACAUGGCAGCCAGAUAACAUAACACAUCUUCAUAUUGUACUAAAAUUUACAUAUUUACCUUGGUUUUGUAUGUUUUAAAGUUCGGCCAUCCAUAUUAAUUUUGAUGUAAAAGUUUGCCACUUUCGGCUUCGAUGGGAACUUAGUGGCUGUUCUCGCAAUGGACGAGAUGUCACAUGUUUAUAAGAAAUAAUUUUAUUCAAUGAGAUAUAUAUAAUAACUAAAAAGUUAUUGAACAAUGUUUAACUAAAAUAAAAGUUAUUGAACAUU